UUCGUGCACCGACAGCUGUGAAUGCACCGGAAGUUUUUCCUCUGAAUCCCUUUCAAGAUGGCGGCGUUGGUUGUUCCUCGCCUGUCCAGAUUUGGGUCGUUUGUACUUAGGCCUAGUUCAACUUUUGCACUUCAAGCCAAAGCUUUGCAUCAGAGCCCAGCAAGUGAGCAUGCAUCCAGUGAGGUACUAGCCAGACAGAAGAGCACUGCAGUGGAACCUCUGAAAUCGUCCUUACCCAGCAGCAAAGGAGAGUAUGUCAUUACCAAGCUGGAUGACCUGGUGAACUGGGCCCGCAGGAGUUCCCUGUGGCCCAUGACGUUUGGGCUAGCCUGCUGCGCGGUGGAGAUGAUGCACAUGGCCGCUCCACGCUACGAUAUGGACCGCUUUGGCGUGGUGUUUCGGGCAAGUCCCAGACAGGCUGAUGUCAUGAUCGUCGCUGGGACUCUCACCAACAAAAUGGCCCCUGCUUUAAGAAAGGUAUAUGACCAGAUGCCCGAGCCCAGAUAUGUGAUAUCAAUGGGAAGCUGCGCUAAUGGAGGAGGGUACUACCAUUAUUCAUACUCCGUGGUCCGAGGCUGUGACCGUAUUGUUCCAGUGGACAUAUAUGUCCCAGGCUGUCCCCCCACAGCCGAAGCCCUGCUGUACGGCACCCUGCAGCUUCAGAAGAAGAUAAAAAGGGAAAAGAGAAUGAGGAUCUGGUACCGCAAGUGAGGAAAGAUCAGCCGUCGCACUGACUGUACAGAUCCCUAUUUAUAGGAGCAUGUUGAGAGCCUUUUUCAUUGGGGAGUCUUGGAGUUGUCUGUUCAUAAAAUUAACAAGACUGUCUGCACAAUAAACUAUGGACCCUUAUGUGUG